UCGCUUCACUUGCGUUAUCAAAGGCAGGGCGUCCAACUUGACAAACUGCAGGAGAGGCUCUUGAUAGGGAAGCGCCUGGGCGCCAAUCUAGGAAACCAAAACUGACAUGCGGCGGUGAGUCAAGCUAAUACCAUCCUCGAGUCUUCUGUCCAGGAACCUUUCCUGAGCGCAGGAAGCCCAGUUCGAGCGAAAGGCCACCCUACAAGCAGCACAGUAAGCAGCUUCCCACCCGCUAGAGAUCUCGCGGCGAGCCAGUGCCCGAACCGCCAUCUCUGGGUAGUCCCCAUUGCCGUCCCACAGGGAACCACUGGUCAGAGGACCAACCCAGCACGACUCUCAUCCGGAGAGGCAGCGCAGGCCAUCGUUCAGCGGCGAUCUCGCUCACACACCCCAGACCCCUCCCUCCUCCUCAGGCUGCGAAGAUGUCCGCCAAGCCCGAAGUCGGAUUAGUGCGCGAGGCUUCUCGGCAGAUCUUGGCCGGUGGUUCUGCUGGUUUUAUAUUUGAUCAGGUUGAAAGACUAAUUCUCUGCUUCACCAGGACACACCAAGCUACUGGUCUUGUAGAAAUUUGCCUGAUGCACCCCCUCGAUGUGGUGAAAACCAGGUUCCAGAUUCAGAGAUAUGCAACAGAUCCAAACAGCUAUAAAAGCCUAGGGGACAGCUUUCGGAUGAUCUUCCGAACAGAAGGGUUAUUUGGUUUUUACAAGGGAAUUUUGCCACCCAUCUUAGCCGAAACACCAAAAAGAGCAGUGAAGUUUUUCACCUUUGAGCAGUACAAGAAAUUGCUAGGAUAUGUGUCACUGUCACCAGCAUUGACAUUUGCCAUUGCUGGAUUGGGAUCUGGACUAACAGAAGCCAUCGUGGUUAACCCUUUUGAGGUAGUAAAAGUUGGCUUGCAAGCCAAUCGGAACACAUUCACAGAGCAACCAUCCACCUUAGGUUAUGCAAGACAAAUCAUUAAGAAGGAAGGCUUGGGACUCCAGGGCCUCAACAAAGGAUUUACAGCAACUUUGGGACGUCAUGGAGUUUUCAACAUGGUUUAUUUUGGCUUCUACUACAAUGUCAAAAACAUUAUUCCUGUCAGUAAGGAUCCAAACUUGGAGUUUUUGAGAAAAUUUGGGAUUGGUCUUCUCUCGGGGACAAUAGCCUCAGUCAUUAACAUCCCUUUUGAUGUUGCCAAGAGUAGGAUUCAAGGGCCUCAGCCAGUUCCUGGAGAGAUCAAGUACAGAACCUGUUUUAAAACAAUGACAACAGUCUAUCGGGAAGAAGGGAUUUUGGCUUUGUACAAAGGACUGCUUCCCAAAAUUAUGAGACUUGGACCAGGUGGUGCAGUGAUGCUGCUGGUUUAUGAAUACACCUAUUCAUGGCUGCAGGAGAACUGGUGACUGCCUCCCAAGCAUUUUCCCCUUGAGAUAAUGGGUAUUUGCUCUGCAACUCCAUGAAGAGGAAAGACUAUGGAUCAGCUAAGCUAGGCAUACAAUUAUGAAGGGGGAAACGGCUUAUUCAAGAACAAAGCCUAUUUUGAUUCUUUAGAAAUUAUCUUUAGACAACUUGAAAUGAUAGUUUGGGCAAUAGACAUAAAGCUGUGAAGAAAAUAAUAUGAAACCAUGAGAUAUAUAAGUUGCAUAUUAAAAUAGCACAGGAAGCAGAUAUGUUUUAUAACAGCCAAAUGAGCUUUUUCACUUAUGUUCCUCUUAUACUACUUUGCAAUGAAAAUUCAUUGUAAUAUUGUUUUUUUCUAGGAGGGCUAGAAAUGCUUCAAUCCUUGAAAAUACAUUUUUCUGUGGCUAUUCAUUCUAAGAAAAACUGGGUGAAAAAAAAGUUAAACCAGAAUUUAAAGUUUUUAUAAGUAAUUUACUUUUUCUACCAAUAAUAUUUAAAAACAAGGGGGAGAAUGUUUUCAAAAUGCACUAAAAUGACCUUUCAAGAAUGUUUAAUUUCAUGAAUGUUGUUAAAAUGUAAAUCUGUUCUCUAGUAAUGAUAUACACCUCAGUUUGAUUUUCCUAAAUCUGCUUUGUAUUUUACAGAUAUGUUUAAGCAGAUAUUUUCAAAUCAUGCUCUCUGAAGUCUUUUACUACUAAUAGAAUACACGAAAUUAAACUACUUUGAAGAUAAGUUUUGUUGCUGAAAUAUUUUAUUGCUAACCACAAAUUGGAAGCACUCCUUGGGCCCAUUGGUGCUGUCUGUAAUUGUAUCCAAAUACCUCAUACAGAACUCCCACCUAUGUUAUUCUUAAGAAUGUAGAACAGGAUGCUGUGGCAUACACCUGUAAUCCCAGUGACUCGGAAGAUUGAGGCAGGAGGAUCCCAAGUUUGUGGUUUGCCUCAGCAACUAAGGGAGUCCCUGUCUCAAGAUAAAAAUCAAAAAGAACUGGGGAUGUAGCUCAGUGGUCAAGCAACCCUGGGUUCAAUACGAAGUACUGGGGGAAGGGAAAAAAAAAAACAUAGAGACUGGGUGUAUGACUCAGUGAUAGAGGACUUGCUUAGCAUGUACCCACGUACCAGACCCUAGAUUCUAUCCCCAGCACAGGAAAAAAAUAAGUGUAGAGUAAAACCUCAUUUCCAGGUUGUUAGUUCUAAGUGACAGUUUCAGCUGUGACAUCUACUGUCUACAAUACUAAAAUAUGUAUGAAAGAAAAAAUACUUCAAAAUAGAAGUACAUUCUUAGCAUUUCCAAGCAUUCUUGUACAAACAUGCACCAUGCACUCUAAAAAAUAGCUCUUUGGUCUUGAUAUAACCAAAGUUGAUUUUGUAUCUGCAUCCUGAAAUGAUGCUACUUCAGUAGCAAGUCAACAAAAAUAUCUGAAUGUUGUAGAAGAAACCUGUUCUAAACUACUACUAUAGGAUAUUUCUACUAUGGAA